AUGUCGGACACACCCCGUCCAUCGCUCAAGCUCACCUUCGGGAAAAAGAAGGCGCCCGAGGAAACACCCCAGAGACAGCCUGCUGCACCUCCUCCGCCAACAGAGACUCCUCAACGCAAACUCACGCUCAAGAUCGCCCGUAGACCGGCACCAGAAGCGCCGCCCGAGGAUGACAAACUCAAGAAAAAGAAGAAGACUUCGAAGAAGCGCCCAGCAGAGGGACCCGCGUUGCAGGAACCAUCCACCACGGUCGCGACAGCCCAACCCUCUGGACCUAAACGCCUGAAAUUAAACCCAUCGAAGAAGCCUGGGGUCCAGUCGCUCCGUAUCAAGAACAAGGGGCUGGUCCCCAACCGACCAGUGGGUGUUGGCUACGACUCGGAGGCAUCCGACACGGAAAUCGACCCCUCGAUCGAAGAACAAUUCAUUUUGCGCAUGCUGCCCGGAGAGGAUUGCGAAUAUCUCCAACGCGCCAUUGCUGAACGCCGGUUCGACCGUUCGGAGAUUUCUUUCAAACCACUCACCCGUGAGGGACGACGCGCCAUCUUCAAGAUCCGCGAUCAUCAAUACGCCGCAGCGCUGGUGGACUUGCCAUGUAUCAUCGAAGGUAUGAAGAGUUGGGACCGGCGUGGGUGGUACAAAUCUGCGGAUAUCUGCCAGAUGCUUCUGAUCCUUGGCCCGGUUGCCAAUGAACAAGAGGCCAUGGACUACCCACUCCCCUCGGACAUCCUACACCCAGACGACAAGACACUGCAAUACCCACAUGGUCUCACACCACCGUUGCGAUGGGUGAGAAAGCGCCGUUUCCGCGAACGGAUUAGCACGCGGACUAUCGAGCAGGUCGAGAAGGCCGUCGAGGAUCUGAUCGCCCAGGAUGAGGCUGCCGUGGCACCUAUCCGCUACGAGCUGGUUGAUAAGACAGCAUUGAACCGGGCUGAGGGACUGGUCCAGAGUGGAGAUUACGACUACGAAGACGAAUAUGAUGAUGAGCAGGAUGCCGAGGGUGAGAUGGAGGAAGGCAUGGAAGACGGUGGUCUGUUCGAUGACUUUGAAGACACUCUGGCUGCCGAGAUGGAGGCUGCCUUGGCUGCCGGCGACGAAGGCGAGGCAGGCGCUGCGGCCGCGGCACCUGGAGCCGAGCCACCAUCAGAUGCUGGGGUAUACCAAGCGGGCACGCCGAUGGCAACGAAGCCGUCCACACCAGCGCCAGAAUCAUCCGGUGACGAGAGUGACGGGUCCGACGAUGGUGACGAACCGGAAGACGAGCUGGACGAUGAGCAACUUGAGCAACAGCGGCAGAUGCAGCAGCAACGCGAGGAAAUUGCCGAACUGGAGGCAUUGAUCCGGGCCGAGACGGCGAAGUGGGAGAAGAUGCAGAACGCCAUUCUGAAGGGCAAACUGGCCAAGCGCAUCCACGAUCUGAAACAAGAUCUAUCACUGAAGAAGGUGUCUAUCGGCGAGGGCGAUGAUGCUGAUGGUUAA